CCGCAUCCGAUCUGGGUGGACACCCUUUGCAUUGAUCAGGACAACAUCCCCAAGAGAAACACUCAGGUGCGGAUGAUGCCAGCUAUUCACCACAAAGCCGAAGUGACAUUCUCAUGGCUUGGGUCUGCGGAGGACGAUGAUUACAUCGCGAUA